UUGUAAAAACAAAAAUAUAGAAUUAGAUUAAAAACUGAAACAAGAAAGGUUAAAAUGAAUUUGCUCAAAAAAUCUAAAAUAUAUAAUUGUGGUACUGAUUUACCUCCAUACAAAAAUACCUGGUUGUUGACCCGAUUAAUUCUUCACGUACCGUCUGUAAUCAUCGUUACACAUAUUCAACCCACGUGGCCUAUAUAUACCAGUGAACUGUCUAAGCAGUUACGUCCAUUUUUUCUCAACAUGUCGUCUGCAACAGUGAAUCCUGAUCUGGCGCGGGAAAGAGCGGGAGCAAGCUUUGAUGUGAAAGAGUUGACGAACAUCCUAUACGGUGGACCCGAGAAUGUUAAAAAACGGCGUUAUUUACAUAAUGUGGCCAUCCAAGACCCGGUGCUUGCUCGUACCAAACCUUGGGCAUUUCGAUCCCGAGAGGAAGAAUACAACGAAUCGCUCAGACAAAACAUCUACAUGUAUAAGAAAAUGAAAGAAAUGGGACUCAAUUUCGUGGAGAGGGCGUACUAUUCUGAAGCUGCUACUCCAACAGAAGCAAAUGCAAUCGGCGUUCAUUCCGGCAUGUUUACCCCUACUAUUGAAAAGCAAGGCACAGAGGAUCAGAAAGCAAAAUGGCUCCCACUAGCAAGAGAUCUGAAAAUCAUUGGGACAUAUGCUCAAACAGAGCUUGGCCACGGAACUUUUAUACGAGGAUUGGAGACAAUUGCCACAUACGAUGCCAGAACAAAGGAGUUUGUCAUAAAUUCUCCAACGGUGACGUCAGUUAAAUACUGGCCAGGCGGAUUGGGGAAAACUUCAAACUGUUGUUUGGUAAUGGCACAACUGGAGACCCAGGGGAAACGGCACGGCAUCCACAUGUUUAUGGUGCAGCUCAGAGAUUUCAACACGCACAAGUUACUGCCAGGUGUGGAGGCGGGUGAUAUUGGUCCGAAGUUUGGUUUUAAUGGAAAUGACAAUGGGUAUUUAAGAUUAAACAAUGUCCGCGUACCGAGGGAGCAUAUGCUGAUGAGAUAUGCUAAGGUUCUAGAGGACGGCACAUACAUCAAACCCCCCGACCAGAGAAUCGGAUAUGGCACCAUGGUCUUUAUUCGUGCUUUAAUCAUAUCAAACAUUUCCAAACCCUUGGGUCAAGCCUGUACCAUAGCGGUACGAUACAGUGCCGUGCGUCGUCAAACAGAAGUUUCCCCGGGAGGUAUAGAGGCACAAAUAAUAGACUACCAAACUCAACAGUACAAGUUGUUCCCCAUGGUGGCCACGGCUUAUGCAAUGCAUUUUACUGGCCAGUUUAUACAGCGAUACUACACAAAGAUUUCUGAUGAAAUCGAGGCUGGUAACCUGGAGUCAUUCAGCGUGCUCCAUGCCCUGUGUGCGGGUCUGAAGGCUUUCAGUACGUGGAACUGUACGGCGGGAAUAGAGACCUGUCGUCUGUGUUGUGGAGGUCACGGGUACUCUCACGCCAGCGGCCUACCAAAGCUGUACUCUUUCCAUACACCUGGAUGCACGUAUGAGGGAGAGAAUAAUGUCAUGAUGCUCCAGCUGGCUAGAUUCCUGAUGAAAAUAUACCCGGAUAUAAAGAGAGGAGCUCCAUUAAAUGAAUUCCUCCAAUGUUACACCGUGGACCUCUCCAAGAAAUCUUGUAUGACAGAGGAAGUUGCCUUAGGAAGUCUGGUGAAAGCAUAUGAACACCGAGCUGCCAGAUUACUGGAAGAUGCGGCCCAUAACAUGGAGAGACUAGUUCGAUCUGGGAAAUCACGACAGGAAGCUUGGAACGCAUCCACUGUAGCACUGACCUGGGCUGCAACGGCAUUUUGUCAUCUCUUUGUUGUGAAUUCAUUUGUUGAUCUCGUGAACAAAUCCCAGACUGAUAAAAAUACAAAGGACGUAUUGACCAAGCUGUGUAAACUGUAUGCAGUCCAUGGGAUCAUUGAAAGACUCGGGGAAUUCAUUCAGGAUGGUUUCAUUAGCCCCUUGCAAAUCACCAAUCUUCAGAACAAGCUCACGCAGUUGAUGGCGGAGAUCAGACCCAACGCUGUGGCUGUGGUGGAUGCGUUCGAUUACCCGGACAAGAUCUUGGAUAGCUGUUUAGGGCGUUAUGACGGUCAGGUUUACCAAGCUCUGUACGAGUACGCCAAAAAUUCACCUUUCAAUGAGAAAGAGGUUUUGGAUUCAUACUUUAAAUAUGUCAAACCAUCUCAAGGGGAAGGUACCUCUGCAUUAUCGCGACUGUGAUACUUGUCUUAAUUUGGCAACUGGCAACAGAAAACUCCUCGUGGAACAUUUAUGCUGCAGUGUGAUGAGAAGAUCAACGCCCCCUUCUCCUGUAAACAAGACAAGAGAUAUCUCAGUAGUUUAUUGACCUAAGAAAAAUAAUUCUUGAUAUUGAAUAGCAUGUGAUAACAUAAUGUUAUACAGAACUGAGAACAAUGUAUGUCGAUGUGGUUUUAUUUCAUGACGAGGAGUGAGAAUUGGUUAUUAUAUAUAAUAAUAAUAAUAAUAAUAAAUCCUUUAUUUAUCCAGGA